GUUUUAAAUGACAUUCACUGUUAAGAUAUUGACUGUUAUAUAAAUGAGUGAAGAGUUUAAUACACUGUACUGUAAGCCGUGUUUUCAAUGCAUUGAAUGCAAUGUUUUGAUUGCAAACCAAGUGUUUGAUAACUAAAAGACUAUUGAAAAUGCCGUUAAUUAUCAAUGGUUUAGUCAUCGAUGAAGUGCCAAAUGAUACCAACUCUUUGUUUGACAAUUACCCGCACUUUAAGGAGUCGAGCGCAUCGCUGGUGUCUGAGGCGCCGAAAGUGAUCUCUUCGGUGGCACUUCUGUACGUCUGUCAGAGGGAGUACGCCAUCGUCACACCACAUGACAAGAAUAUAAGUAUAGUGGGAACCGAAGACACGACCACUUGUUGUACAGGAGUGUUGAGGCACUCGGCCUCUGGAGUGGUCUGUUUGGCUCAUUUCGAUGGUUCAGAUCUGCAGAAAUUAGACAAAUAUAUCGAAACCAUGAUUAAGAAGAUAGAAGAGGUGAACAUAGGUCUGGGUCUGACGGACGGACACCUCGAACUCCAUCUGAUCGGAGGGUUCAACGAUUCCCGGCGUUAUUCUGAAGACUUGGUUCUUCAGCUCUUAUACGCAUAUCACAGGCAAUCAGUAAAUAUAGAUUUGAUGACCGCUUGUGUCUGUAAACUGAAUAACUCUUUGAGGGGAACCACUAAUUGGCCCGUCAUUUACGGCAUUGGCGUCAACGUGAAGACGGGACAGUUCUUUCCGGCCACCUUCACAGACAAGGGACCAGACAUUCCCCUCAGGAGUGCCCGAUUAUACACCGGUUGUCACGAAAUGCUCGACAUUUACGACACAAAUAUGAGUUUAUUACGAAUCGGACCAUUCAAUUACAGGCCUAUGAGAGGGGUCGACCUCUGGCUCUCGCAAAGCGAUGAGCCUAUGAGAGGGGUCGACCUCUGGCUCUCGCAAAGCGAUGAGUUUAUACUUCAGCAUUUGUCCACAUCUCCAGAGGUGGAACCGCCAGGCUUUGUAGACGACGCCAAGGCUACCCUCAAGUUCAUACAACAGCAUCCCUUCCCAGGGGUCACCAUAUUUCCAGACAACAGACCACGUUAUUACCGCAAAGAUGACCUGACCGGCCAAUGGGUUCCUAUUUGUUAUUGAUUUCAUAGUUGACUACAGUUCACAAUAUAUUGUAUUAUAUUCAGAGCAUAGGUUUUAUGCAAUUAUCACUCAAAUAGACUCCUUAUUCCUAAAUAUAUUUCUGUAGAUUUUAAUAACAAUUCUAAUCCAUUAUAAUGAGAAGAAUAUUCUUAAGAUUUGUGCUCUGAUUAUAACUUAUCAC